UCCAUUUCUCUGUCUCUCUCCCCUCUCAUUCUCCUUCUCUUCCUCUCUUUCUCCUCGCUGAGGCUGCGGCAGAUGCUAAUGUACAGAGCCACACCUUACGACGACGACGACAUCGCACUUGCUAUCGAGACUGCAGCUGACAUCGACCAUCCUUCAGUCCUUUACAAGCAUCCAGAAUCAUCCAACCAUGCGUGAAUGUAUCUCAGUCCACGUCGGCCAAGCCGGAGUCCAGAUGGGCAAUGCCUGCUGGGAGCUGUAUUGCCUCGAGCAUGGUAUCGGUCCCGAUGGUCAGAUGCCCUCCGAUAAAUCUGUUGGAGGUGGUGAUGACUCCUUCAACACCUUCUUCAGUGAAACUGGAUCUGGGAAGCACGUGCCCCGUGCCGUCUUCGUCGAUCUCGAACCAACCGUAGUCGAUGAAGUCCGCACUGGCCCUUAUCGACAACUAUUUCACCCAGAGCAGAUCAUCAAUGGCAAGGAGGAUGCUGCCAACAACUAUGCCCGCGGACACUACACAGUUGGUAAAGAGCUAAUUGAUAGUGUCCUGGAUCGCAUCAGGAAGCUUUCUGACCAAUGCACCGGUCUCCAGGGCUUCCUCAUUUUUCACAGCUUCGGCGGUGGUACUGGCUCUGGCUUCACCUCCCUGCUCAUGGAACGCCUCUCGGUUGACUACGGCAAGAAGUCCAAACUUGAAUUUGCCGUUUAUCCAGCCCCGCAGAUAUCGACUGCCGUUGUAGAGCCAUACAACGCUGUCCUGACGACGCAUACUACUCUGGAGCACUCCGACUGCGCUUUCAUGGUUGACAACGAAGCAAUCUACGACAUUUGUCGUCGGAAUCUGGACAUAGAGCGUCCAACUUACACUAAUCUCAAUCGGCUGAUUGGCCAGAUUGUGUCGUCAAUCACUGCUUCUCUGCGAUUCGACGGCGCCCUCAACGUUGAUCUGACAGAAUUUCAGACCAACUUGGUGCCAUAUCCUCGUAUUCAUUUCCCGCUUGCCACUUACGCCCCAGUCAUCUCUGCUGAGAAGGCCUACCACGAGCAGUUGACCGUUGCUGAGAUCACCAACGCUUGCUUUGAGCCAUGCAAUCAGAUGGUAAAGUGCGAUCCUCGGCAAGGGAAGUAUAUGGCUUGCUGUCUCCUGUACCGUGGUGAUGUCGUCCCCAAGGAUGUCAACGCCGCCAUUGCAACCAUCAAGACCAAGCGCAACAUCCAGUUUGUCGACUGGUGUCCCACCGGUUUCAAGGUCGGUAUCAACUACCAGCCACCCACCGUCGUUCCCGGUGGUGAUCUUGCCAAAGUUCAACGUGCAGUUUGUAUGUUGUCGAACACGACUGCAAUUGCCGUUGCUUGGGCACGUCUGGACCACAAGUUCGACUUGAUGUACGCUAAACGAGCCUUUGUCCAUUGGUACGUAGGUGAGGGUAUGGAGGAAGGUGAGUUUGCAGAGGCUCGAGAAGAUUUGGCUGCUCUAGAAAAGGACUACGAGGAGGUUGGAGUAGAUUCCCUCCUCCAGGAAGACGAAGAUGCAAACAAAGAAGAGUUCUAGAUGAUAAGAUCACCAGUGUGUAAAUCAUUCGAUCGGGUUCACACCAUGUGAAAGUCACCUGCGUUAUUGUGCAAAUUUCUGAAGUAUCUUUCUGAAACAACUUUUAAUGUGGACAUUCGUGUAACAUAAGCUAUGAGUGUGUAAUCCAGUGUAUCGUUCGUCUUGCUAUAUAUAUUACAGUCGGUUCGUCUAAUAAGUGGUAUGGAUAUAUUUAAAAUUUUUAUGUGUUCAGGUAAUUUUUGAGUGAAGCCUCUCACAAUAUUUGUAUGGACUGUAUAGCGUUGCAAUCAUCAGUGCGGUAACAUUGCUCGGAUCGCGUCUCCUAAAGCUGUUCAUCAGUUUUAGGUGAGACAGUGCUCAAUUGAGAUACCCCGAUGUUUGACUGUUUUAGGGGGGUAUUUCUUAUCACCCUGAGGAAUGGUUAACUUAAUUGGCAUUCAGAUGGUAAGAAAUCUUAUUUUCAAAGCUCGAAUGUCAACUUUAACUGAUGGAAAUCAAACUUAUUAAAAAUCUGUUUGGCAUCUGACUUCGAUCAUCUUGCGUAAAGUUGUGAUAUACUUACGAACAUGUCCAUGUAACACCACACACUCAUAAAACCAUAAUUUUACAGCUCUAAUGUUUGAUCGGCGUCAGCUCACUUUGCACAAUUUUACACACUUUUCAUUGUGUCUAUGAUUAUCUCUAAAACAACAACUGACUUUUCGACACGUUCAUGGAGUCAACUUGAAAAUUUCACCCCAAAUAGUCGUGAUAAUACAAAGAACAUAAUAAUUAUAAUGACUAAUUGAUGAUUGAAGCUAUUCGUCUUCAUUUA